CCAACCAGGAAGUGAAUACCGGAUGCAGCGUAAACCCACAUCACGCUACAGAACAGAAAGUGUAAUUUUGUUUGCGCUCUUGAAUGGAAGGGCGGCUGGAAAGGGGUCAAGUCUGCUUAAUGUUUGGACUCGCACCCAAGGCCCUUGCAGCGGGUGUUUAAGGAGACCAUGUCGUUGCGCUGUGGUUAGUUGGGAUCCAGUUUGAUAUGGCCCAGCCGUGCAACUAGGCCAGGAACACAUCGAACCGCCAUGUUCCUGAAGUCGUCAUUCACCACCCUGGUGGUGGGUGUGUUUGUGGUGUAUGUGGUCCACACCUGCUGGGUGAUGUACGGGAUUGUGUACACCAAACCCUGCGAGCAGCCCGGCAGCAGCGAGUGCAUCAUGCCUUUCCUGGCAGGUGCCCCCAAGCUCCAGGUGAGCAUCUAUACGGCCCUGCGGCCCAAUGCGGAUGGGGGACACACCCUCAUCUACAAGGAGGAGAAUUUUAACAUUAAAGAAAAGUUCGAGAGGACUGUCAACGUCUCAUUACCCAAGAAGACUCGUAACAACGGGACUCUGUACGCGCUGGUGUUCGUCCACCAGACUGGCGUCAACCCGUCGCAAGACCCGCGCCAGGUGCAUCUGGUGGCCCAGCUCACCACCUACAUGGUGCCCAAGCCCCCCGAAAUCUCCCUCAUUUCCCGAGAGGACCAGACCCAGAGCAUCACAGAAGAAGCCCACCCGACCAAAAGACGGAAAGGAGGAGGCGAGGGGGGAGGAUUGUCAGAUCAGCCCGUCUCACACUGGCGCUCCCGCCUGACGCUCAACAUCGUGGACGACUAUUUUGUUUUCGACAAGGAACACCUUCCAAGUGACAUACGCCGCUACCUCCGAGUGUUUCAAAGUGGCCAAAAGACGAUGUACCUACCUCUGCUCUUUGUAGAUGAACUCAGCAACCGAGUCAAGGAUCUGCUGGAGAUAAACAGUACCACGCUGGAGCUCCCACUUACCAUUUCCUAUGAACCCAUCUCCUUGGGAAGACUCAGGUUCUGGAUCCACAUGCAGGACGCCGUCUACUCCCUCCAACAGUUUGGAUUCACGGAGAAGGACGCUGACGAGAUUAAAGGGAUCUUCACUGACACCAAUCUGUACUUCCUGGCUUUGACCUUCUUCGUGGCUGCCUUCCAUCUGCUUUUUGACUUCCUGGCCUUCAAGAAUGACAUCAGCUUCUGGAAAGAGAAGAAAAGCAUGGUGGGGAUGUCAAGCAAAGCGGUGCUCUGGCGAUGCUUCAGCACCAUUGUGAUCUUCCUCUACUUGUUCGACGAGCAAACCAGCCUGCUGGUCCUCAUCCCCGCCGGCAUCGGCGCUGUCAUUGAGGUGUGGAAAGUGAAGAAGGCUUUUAAGAUUCAGGUGUUUUGGAAAAAAGGAAAACCUACAUUUUUGUUUGGCAAGUUAGACGAGUCAGAGAAAAGAACAGGAGAGUACGACACUCAGGCCAUGAAGUAUCUCUCGUACCUUCUCUACCCGCUGUGCUUGGGAGGAGCCCUGUAUGCGCUGAUAUUCCUGCGAUACAAGAGUUGGUACUCGUGGCUCAUCAACAGUAUGGUGAAUGGUGUCUAUGCAUUCGGCUUCCUCUUCAUGCUUCCUCAACUAUUCGUCAAUUAUAAAUUGAAGUCAGUGGCCCACCUACCAUGGAAAGCUUUUAUGUACAAGGCAUUCAACACCUUCAUCGAUGAUGUGUUUGCCUUCAUCAUCACCAUGCCGACGUCCCACCGACUAGCCUGUUUCCGAGAUGACGUGGUCUUUCUCGUUUACCUCUACCAGCGAUGGCUCUACCCAGUGGACAAGACGAGAGUCAACGAAUAUGGAAUUUCGUACGAUGACAAACCCAAAGGGAAAGUGCACAAGGACUAAAAAAUGACGAGGCGGGCAAGUGAAGGAACAUCAAAAAUCCUUACUUAAUUGUAAAAAAAAAAAAAAAAAUUACCAGGAUUUUUUUUCUCAAAAGUUGAGGAAUAUUUUUUGAGAGGAUUUUAGAAAACAGCAUUUUGUAAUUUUGUUUAUGCCUUUCAAUUGUGUUGCGUCCCAUCAAAAUUUUCCAUACAUUUUUUUUUCCCCCCCGUCUUCAUAUCAGGGUGUCACUUAAAGGUCAGAGGACAAAGGGGUUGAAAAUGUUCUUUAACUCUAGAACCUUAUAACAUGCCACAUCUGCCAUUUCACAGUGAUUAUAGAGCAGAUAUACAAUAGGAUGGAUAAAUAUGUCUCAGAAUGGACCUUCUAUUAAUCUCGCAGCCGCCACAGUGCAGCGGCGAAGCUCAAUAUGCAGAAUAAAAACCUUAUUUUCGCUAAACCACACUUGACAACUUGCUAGAAGUGGUGUUCCUGUAUUAAAUAACUUAAGCAAUGCAAAUAUGAAUUUGAACUGACCCCAUAACAUCUUUGACCUCUGACCCUUAAUUCCAUUUUGCACAAGUGUUUAACAUAAGGAAACUGCAUUCAUCGGUGCCAAAUGUGAUAGGAAUUUUCUGAAUGUUACUCUGUCAGGUGUUUUUAAACGGGCACUGAAGUGGACAAAGUAUUACUACACAUUUGUCACACAUUAUAUUCCCUUACGUUUUUCUAAUGUGACUUCUUUUUUUGUUUUUUGGUCUUUCAUGGAUUCUCUCAAACUGCAGGGUUUCACUUCUGGUACCAGUGCAAAAUUUUGGGCACAGGGGUGUUAAUUGUUUUGUUUGAUGUUGUGAUUAUUUGAGAUGUAAUAAACUGACUGAAUAUGUAAA